AUGAGAAGUCGAGUCGCAUACCCACACAUGGAUUUCAAGGAACAGACCAAAACAUCAAGUUGCCAUCAACUACUGCCCUUUCUGUUCUUCCAGCUGAUACUCAGCAUGGUAAUUUUUGCUUACAUCCGAACUAUACAGCACACAGAAUCUUCUGUCACCAUUUGUCCUGCACUAGAACCAUGGCAAUGGCAACAACUUGAAACGAUCACCCCUAUUGUCAAGGGACCCCCAGAGAUCACCAUCCUGCUAUCGACUUGGCCCUUUGAGCAGCCAUUUGACCUUCCAAAAUGCUCCUCGUUAUUUAACAUUCCAGACUGCCACUUCACCGCUGACCGAAGCUGGCACAACAAGGCCGACGCGGUUGUCGUACACCACAGAGAUGUAUGUUACUCCAAUUCACUCCCCUGCAAUCCAAGACCGCCUUCCCAACGCUGGAUCUGGUUUAAUUUGGAGUCUCCAAGCCACUCCCCCAAUCUGGGUUUCAUGGAUAACUACUUCAAUCUUACUAUGUUGUACCGGAGAGACUCCGACAUCUUCACUCCUUACGGGUGGCUGGAAGCCCUCCAUCACCCUCAGAACAUCACCAUUCCACCCAAGUCUAAGCUAGUGGAGUGGGUUGUCAGCAACUGGAACCCGAGCUCCCGCCGGGUACAAUACUAUCAGGAGAUGAAGAAGUACAUACAGGUUGAUGUUUAUGAACGGCAACACUUGCCUCUCCCUCGGGACAAACACUUUCCCACUUUAACCCAGUACAAAUUCUACCUAUCCUUUGAGAACUCCAUCCAUGAAGACUACAUCACCGAGAAAGUCUGGAAGAACGCCUUUCUCUCCAUGGCCGUUCCCGUCGUCUGUGGCCCGCCACGGAAGAACUAUGAGGAAUUUUUGCCCCCCGACUCCUUUAUCCACAUCGAAGAUUUCCCCUCUGCACAGGAACUGGCUCACUUUUUACACGAACUGGACAAAGAUGAUGUGAGGUACCAAAGUUACUUCCGUUGGCGGUCACGGUUGGAACCCCUUGGAACAACGAGUUGGGCCACUCACUACUGCAAAGCAUGCCGAGUGUUACAAGAAACCCCCGUUCAGUACAAGACUGUGCCAGAACUGAGCAAGUGGUUCAAAUGA